AUCCACUUCCUGGUCUGAGGAAACAGAAACUAUGGCUGCUGAGAGCGUUCCCUCACAGAUCAUAGAAAGAGAACAAAAAACGUUGCUUGAAAUCCUCCAACAGGAUCCUGAUUCCGUAUUAGACACUUUAACCUCUUGGCGGCUGAUUUCUGAAGAAGAAUUUGAGACUGUGGAGCAGGUUACAGACCCCCUGAAGAAAAGUCAGAAGCUGUUAAGUUUGAUACAGAGAAAAGGAGAGGCGACCUGUCAGCACUUUUUCAAGUGUUUAUUUAGUACUUUUCCAGAGUCAACUUCCAUUUGGGGCUUAAGGCAUGAAAUUUUAAAACACGAGAAUGUCCUACCUCCUCAAUCUAUUGGGAUGAACAAGAAUUCAGAAGAUGCUUUUUCUUCUCAGAAGAAACAGCCUGAGAAACCUGAAAUCACAGUGUCUUUCAAAGAGAAAGAGCUCUUGGCUUUGGAAAACUUUAGGGAAACUUCUUUGUCCUCCCUGGAGAACGAGGAGGGAUGUGACAUACCAACAGACUCACUGCCGUAUUCAUUUGAGAACGAAGUUGAAUACGAAGUUCCAGCAACUAUUACAUAUUUAAGGGAUGGACUGAGAUAUGAGGAGCCAGAUGACUCUUUAUACUUAGGAGAUGACUAUCUAGAAUCUGUUACAUACUCUGAAGAUGCAGGAACCGCCAUGGAAGAGGAGGAUUAUGAUGUCCCAGAACACAUUGUAUAUGAGGGUGAAGGGGACUUUGCCUAUUCAGAAACCACAGGGUUCUCUGAUGAAGAACAGAAUUAUGAAGAUUCGGAACCUGGCAUUUCAUUGGAGGAGGAGGAGGAGGAAGAGAAAAGUAUGGAAGAAAGAAGAAAGGUGUUUAAAGAUGUCCUGUCAUGUUUGAACAUGGACAGAAGCAGAAAGCUUCUGCCAGAUUGUGUUAAAAAAUUCUCUUUAGAAAAAGGAUGUGAGUGGACGCCUGAGACUCCAGGAGACUUAGCCUGGAAUUUCCUGAUGAAAGUUCAAGCCCUGGAUGUCACAGCUAGAGACCCAAUUCUCAGGCACAAGGUUCUGGAUGAAGAUAACAAAGGUGGAUUGCUGACUGGAUUGGAGAAUUUGGAAAUUCAAGACACACAAUACAUCAAUCCUCUGGAUGUCCUUUGUGCCGCCAUGCUAUGUUCAGACAGCUCUUUGCAACAGGAAAUCAUGUCAAACAUGUAUCAAUGCCAGUUUGCUCUUCCCUUGCUACUGCCAGAUGCAGAAAACAACAAAAGCAUCUUAAUGCUGGGGGCCAUGAAGGAUGUGAAAAAGCCAUCAACACGGUCUUCUGGAGAGCCCAUAGAGGAUACAGAGAAGUUUCUGACCUGCAUGAAGGUGCCUGUCAUCUCUUUUGUGCGUUUAGGACACUGUAGCUUCUCCAAGUCUAGAAUCCUCAACAGACUGUUCAACCCUGCCCAACAGAAAUCUCAUAGAAUCUUUCUUCAUCAAGAUUCACCUGCUCUGGUGCUUCCCCGGCAAAUCUCUGAUGGCCUAGUUGAGAUAACGUGGUGUUUUCCUGAUAGUGAUGAUUUAAAGGAAAACCCUAGUGUUUUCCAAAAGCCUAUUGCUGUGACCAACCUUCGUGGAGACCUAGAAGGCUUUUGGACCCAGUUUGGUUUUUUGAUGGAAGUUUCUUCAGCUGUGAUUUUUUUUACCAGCUGCUUAGGUGAGAAGGAAUGGGACUUGCUAAUGUUUUUAGGAGAAGCUGCCAUUGCAAGAUGCUACUUCAUCCUCAGUUCCCAAGCUAGGGAAAGUGAAGAGGCUCAGAUUUUCCAGAGGAUCCUGAAAUUGAAGCCAUCACAGUUACUUACUUGGGAGAGGGAGGAAGCUGAGGAUGCCAGGAAGAAUAUGGAAGGCCUCCGAGCUGCCCUCCGGGAAGUGAUGUCUUCCUCCUCACUCAGAUAUGUGUCCGUGGAGGACAUGGCUUCCCUGGCCAGGGAGUUGGGGAUUCAGGUAGAUCAAGACUUUGAGAACACUCAAGGAGUUCACAUUUUCCCUGAUGAUAACAUGGCUGGAACAGCUGAUGGUGAGGGACAACAAAGAUAUAGUCAGCCAGGAAGUUCAUCUAGAAGCCACGCUCAGAUGCCUAUAAGAGAGCCUGGGGCUAGUUGUGAGGUUGGCUGGAACCAUCAGAAUUUCCAUCAUACCCCAGUAUUCAGGCCUCAUCUGGAAAGCUCUUGGCCACUACCAGCAAGAACUGGGGGUAACUUUAACCGUUUUCCCUUCAAAGCCCCUCGCUUCAUGGGCUUUGGGUCACAGCAGAGGGUUAGGUGGUUCUGUCCUUUGCCUUUUCAGAAUGCAAGGCCCCAGAGCCGAGGCAGAAGUUUUGGUAUUCAAUCUUUUCAACCCCAGAGGUUCUAUUCAGGUGCAAGAUUUAUGAAAUUUAUAAGACCUGCUUGGGGACACCCUUUGAAUAGAAUGUUUGGGAGACCACCAAGACCCAUUUUUCAGCAUGCACAUGCCUGUCCUAAGAGACCACAAGCAAUGGGAACAUUUAAAAGGUCUGGGGUUUCCCAGGGAGGUCACUCCCAUUCCCUGGGUUCACAGCCCACUGGAGUAGUAGGGAGGCCACAGCCUAGGCAAACCUGCAUCCAAGAAGCACAGUUCCCCAAAACACCUGGAAAAGUUAUGAAAGCAACAUCUCAUAUUGAAGAUCCUCACCCUAAAAAACUGGUAGGACCUGCUUCUCAGCAAGAAGUCAAGCGAAAAACACAGGGUAGGCCUUCAAAUCCAGCUUCUCAAACAGGGACCCAUCCCAUGUCCAAGAGUACUCAGUCCAAGCCAUCCCAAGUCAAACCCUUACACUCUAAACCCUCCCACCCUGUGCCCUCACAACCUAAACCCUCUCCGACAAAAGCCCCUCAGCCCCGAUCCUCCCAAGCUAAACCUCCAUCCAGAUCUACUCAAUCUAAGCCUUCUCAGCCCAGACCCUCUCAACCCAAUUCAUCCCGGACCAGUUCUUCCCAGGCCAAAGCAUACCACCCAAAAGUGGGGCCCAAAAGGGGAGCAAAGCGUUAAAGAGCUUGCUCCAGAGAUAGGUAAAAUGUAUUUUUCAUCCAGGCCAUCCUUUUUUUUUUUUUGAGA